CCCAUUGGCUGAGGCGGGCUGUGAAGCCACGCUCGGCUGUCAGUAGUGUGGGCGCUGCCCGAGGUGCUGACAGGGAGUGUACGGCCCGCUAUGGCCGCGCUGGACUGGUACGCUCACAAGGCGCUCGGCGACGGCAUCUACUGGAUCCAGGAGCGCUUCUACGAGUCCGGGAACCGGGCCAACAUCUGGCUGGUGCGCGGCUCCCACCAGGACCUGGUCAUCGACACCGGGCUGGGGCUGCGCAGUCUGCCGGACUACCUCACCUCGUCUGGACUACUCCCGCACGGGCCGGCCGGGGGCGCCGGGCGCAGGCCUCUCAUGGCCCUGGCCACCCACGUGCACUUCGACCACGCCGGCGGCCUGCACCAGUUCGAGCAGGUGGCCGUGCACCGGCGGGAGGCCGAGGCCCUGAUCCGGGGGGACAACUUCGAGACGGUGACCUGGCUGUCGGACAGCGAGGUGGUGAAGGCCCCGAGCCCGGGCUGGACUGCCAGCCAGUACAAAGUGCAAGCCGUGAAACCCACUCACAUCCUGGAAGAUGGUAAAUGGCCACUGCUAGUCCUGGGGGGGCGAACACCUGGGGAGUUAACUGGCCCCCCAUAGUAAACCACCCCUGGACUCAACAUGAUGGGCAGCACAGGGAAGGGGAUCUAGUAUAUAGCGUUCAUAUCCUGCCAAAGGGGGACCAGUGGUGUAAUCAAGACAGGUUCUCUCAUUGAAUAGAGCCGGUGGGGUAAUCAAAGCAGGUUCCCUCAUUGAAUAGAGCCGGUGGGGUAAUCAAGGCAGGUUCUCUCAUUGAAUAGAGCCGAUGGAGUAAUCAAGGCAGGUUCCAUCAUUGAAUAGAGCCAGUGGAGUAAUCAAGGCAGGUUCUCUCAUUGAAUAGAGCCGGUGGGGUAAUCAAAGCAGGUUCCCUCAUUGAAUAGAGCCGGUGGGGUAAUCAAAGCAGGUUCCCUCAUUGAAUAGAGCCGGUGGGGUAAUCAAGGCAGGUUCUCUCAUUGAAUAGAGCCGAUGGAGUAAUCAAGGCAGGUUCCAUCAUUGAAUAGAGCCAGUGGAGUAAUCAAGGCAGGUUCUCUCAUUGAAUAGAGCCGGUGGGGUAAUCAAAGCAGGUUCCCUCAUUGAAUAGAGCCGGUGGGGUAAUCAAAGCAGGUUCCCUCAUUGAAUAGAGCCGGUGGGGUAAUCAAGGCAGGUUCUCUCAUUGAAUAGAGCCGAUGGAGUAAUCAAGGCAGGUUCCAUCAUUGAAUAGAGCCAGUGGAGUAAUCAAGGCAGGUUCUCUCAUUGAAUAGAGCCGGUGGAGUAAUCAAGGCAGGUUCUCCCAUUGAAUAGAGCCAGUGGGGUAAUCAAGGCAGGUUCUCUGUUUUGAAUAGAGCCAGUGGGGUAAUCAAGGCAGGUUCUCUGAUUUGAAUAGAGCCAGUGGAGUAAUCAAGGCAGGUUCUCUCAUUGAAUAGAGCCAGUGGAGUAACCAAGGCAGGUUCCCUCAUUGAAUAGAGCCAGUGGAGUAAUCAAGGCAGGUUCUCAUUGAAUAGAGCCAGUGGGGUAAUCAAGGCAGGUUCUCUGAUUUGAAUAGAGCCAGUGGGGUAAUCAAGGCAGGUUCUCUGAUUUGAAUAGAGCCAGUGGGGUAAUCAAGGCAGGUUCUCUGAUUUGAAUAGAGCCAGUGGGGUAAUCAAGGCAGGUUCUCUGAUUUGAAUAGAGCCAGUGGGGUAAUCAAGGCAGGUUCUCUGAUUUGAAUAGAGCCAGUGGUGUAAUCAAGGCAGGUUCUCUCAUUGAAUAGUGUUAUAGUUCUACAUAGUAAAGGCAGCAUAAUGUAAAGCCAGGUUACUAUGGAGGAUCUCUGGGUACAAGCAGAUAUUUAUCCUGGGCAGUAUGUGGUUAAAACACAGACUAUGUAUUUUUAGGUGCACUGGAUGUAUAGGGCAGUAGGUAUUUCAAUCUGCAGUACUCAGUGAAUGCAUUGAAUGUACCAACCUAGAGUACUUACUGAAUGCAUUGGAUAUACAAGCCAUAACUUUGCUCUUGCUGUACAGGGCAUUGGGUAGGGGUGUGAAUAGCAUCCAUUCGCUUAAUAGAGCUCUGGAUAUAUCAGUCCACUUGCUCUAUAUAGCACUGGGGUAUACCUCCUGCACUACCUGCUAUAUGUUCAGCACUUUGGGUAUAACAGCUGGCACUUACCUCUUGCUUUACUGCACCUCGGGUUUGCAUACCAUGGAGUUUAAAAAUCAGCACUACUCAGGAUGUAAACUGAAGCUUGCAUUGUGCACUUCACAUCUGCACCUAGUGAGGGAAUACUUUAGUUUUAUCGUGUUGAUGGUUGAAAUCUUACUCCAUAUGGUGUUGUCUAAAUGUUGUAAUGCUCAGUCAGUCUUUAGAAUCAUAGGGAAUAGAACACGAUAGUGUACGUUAAACAUCACCGUAGGCUAACCCAGCCCUUUUAAUAAAAGGUGGGAAGGACAAUUUUGUGGUGAGAUUACUUGACAGUGUUAAAGUAGAAAUAUGCUUUAAAUCUGAACUAUUGAGUGGUUUGUUGUGAGGGAUUUGUAAGGGAGAUUAGAGAUAAAGAAGGCUCUGCUCAUACAAGCUUACAAUAUGGGUAUUUGAGGUAGGCAGAUAUUUCAUUAGGUGUCUUGUCCAAGGACAUUUAUUGGUAAAAAGAUCUGACUGGGAUGUGACUGUCACUUAAGUAAGCAUCAUCAAGAAUUAAAUUUAAUUGUCAAAACAUGCCUUUACCAAUGCUUACAGAGGUGCAUGGGAUUUUAAUCGACGUCUGAUCUUAAUGGCAUAUCUGUCAGACAUUGGGAAGUGUCAAGGCUACUCGAAAAAAGACUCUUUUUUUUAACUUGUUAAUUGUAGGCAAAGGGGAAAUGCAUACUAUGUCAUAGAUAGAGGGCAAACACUCAGUAGUCACGUGAAGCUGUGUAAAUUUGGCUCCCCAUAUUUCUAAAAGGUAAAUAAAAUUUGUGCCGCAAAAAUUAAUAUUUGUGCCACUCUGGUUUCAGAAAUAUUGCGCAUUAGAUUUGCUCAAACCGCGCCUACUUUGCAACUCAUGUUAUUAAAUUUUAAAAACAUUUUCUUUCUGCUGAUUUGUGCCGUAUCAGGAACAUUUGUGCUUCUUUGGUGUCAGAGAUAUUGUAUACUAUAUUUGAUCAAACCCAGACUAUUUAGCAAACCAUGUUAUUAAAAUGUGAGUACAACAUAAUCAUUCAGGAUUUUAAGUGGUUAUGGUGCUAGGAGCCUUUGUGUGUAGAAUUUCGCUAUUUAAUAACUUAGGGUUAUCUUCAAAACCAAAGCAGCACAAAUAUUUGUUUUUGCAGCACAAUGAAAUGGUGUAUUUAUUUUUAAAAUGUAAUAGCGUGGGCGUUGUUUGAUAAAAAUGUAAUGCACAAAUCAUUACAAAAGCAACACGGACAAAUUGUGUAUUUGUUUUUAAAAUGUAAUAACAUGGAGUGGAAAGUGGGCGGUGUUUAAGCAAAUCUAAUGCGCAAUAUCUCCGAAACAAAAGCGGUCCGACGUUUCAUUUUUGUGGCACAAUUUAACACAAUGGUAAUUUUAUUCACCUAGAAAUAUGGGGAGCCAACUUCACACAGUUGUGAAUUGAGAUCACCAUAAUGAAGUUAUGUAAUUUAUUUUCUUGUUUAUUUAAUUAUCUGAAAAAGGUGUUGAAUACCAUUACCAAUGAGGUAGUUUGAAACCACAUUUUCCAUUUCUUAUUUAUAGGCCCCUUUAAAUCUAAUUUAUUGUGUGUAGUAUAAUACAGCUUUCUGUCCUUCCUUCCAAGGCAACCAUUAUUUAGGAAGAAUUACAAAUAUGAUUACCUUUUCAACAUCACUUUAUGCUGCAUUCAAUUUCAUGUUUUAUUGAGCAGUGUUCACGUUUCUUUUACUCAUGUUUUUUUUUGUUUUUUAAAUUAGGCAGUGCACGUACUAAACUAUUUUAUGUUCUCAAUUACAUUUAGCACUAAUAGUAAUAAAUUAUUCAAAUAGUGAGUAGUCCAUAAAUUGCACAAAUAUAUUUAUAAACUAAAACUGUGUGUGUGCUUGUUGGCUUGAUACUCUGAAUAUAAAUAGUAAAAUGUUCUUUUAAAAUGUUGUUUCGUACAAAUUAUAUUUUGUUGGACAUGUGUUGUGUAUUUUGUAGCACAACUGUAUGCAGUGUUUUUAUUUCUAGGAUAAAAUAUCUAUUACUGUGUCUGUUCAGAUGCAGUUCAUUUUUGCAACUAUACUUUGUUUCUCAUUUACAGCUGGUAAGUACAUGCCUCCUAUUAUAGAGACUCAUCAGGCUGGUAUUGCAAAAUAUAUAUAAUCAAGGCAGGUGCUCUCAUUGAAUAGUGCAAUAGUUCUGCAUAGUAAAGGCAGCAUAAUGUAAAGCCAGGUUACUAUCUGAGAUCUCUGGGUGUGUGUGUAUAUGUAUGUGUAUAGUUGAAACAUUUCUGAUGUGUGUCUCUGUAUAGUACAUGGAAGGUGUGUCUGUGAACUGCAUGGUGUGUGAAUGUGUGCCCCGCAUCUGCAAUAGCCUCCCAAUAUUUUCUCACAAAUUAUUAUAUUUUUUUUUUUUAAGUCCACCCAGCCUACUUUUCCCUGGGGUCCAGUGUGGUUGCUGAAAUCUUCAAGCUCUGCUCCCUUGCGCGCAGUUAAGUGAUUUCAUCCCGGCUCUAGGCAUCAUAGCAGGGCGCGCAAGGGAUCAGAGCAGAAGGAUUACAGCAGAAGGAUUUUGCCACUGCAGGGGGCUGAUUCACAGUCGCUGAACAAACUGGCAAACACCAAGGCACCAGGACAAAAUUCCUAGUCACCAUGGAGACCUGGCACCUAAAAUUUGUCAAACCCUGAUUUUAAUGACUUCAUAAUUUUACAUGCAUUACUUUGAGAGCUACACACAGCUCAUCGGUCAGCAUGGGGGUGGGAUAUUAAUUGAAAACUGUCACUGCUGGUAAAAAUACGCACAACAAUUAUUCCGUUAUGGGUCCUUAAAGAUACAACAAUCACAACGGAAUAAUUCUGUCAUGUGUCCUUAAGGGGCGAAUUGUACAGGGAUGGGAAUUAUUUUGGUGCUUAAAUACAAAAAAAAAUGCUACUUUACUGUGACGUGUUAGCAGGCCAGUGGCAGAACUUAUGUAGAGAGGGUCCUGGUGCAAGAAAAAAAUUUUGGCCCCUCUAGCGCAAGUAUGGUAAAAAUAUAGUUUCCCAUCUGUUGUACAAUUCACACAAUGCUAUGUCAGCUGGGGAUCUACCGUUUGCCCUUCCUUGCAGGGUUGUAUUUGUGAGCAGUGUAUGUGCAUUUGAAUGUAAGUGUAUGUGACGAAGUGCCCUUCGCCACUUGUGCCUGGAGAGGACUGCUUGCCCGCCUCUUGCCCUGUGACUAUGGCCCCUGGGAUGUAUUGCCCUUUAAAGACAUGAUUUGGGCAUAAUGGAUUUGUGUUGUGCUGCUGCUGGCCCUUUAAGAACCAUCUGGGGACAUACUGUGGAGUUACUGGGUGGCCACCAUUUCCUGUAUCAGAAGCACAUGGUGAGAACAAUGGAUGGCGGCCAUUUUAACUCACAGACACUGUUUGGACUUUUCAACACGGUGCCAUCUCGCCAGUAUUUGGUGCACAGAGACAUCGUGCAGUGGUUUUGGACUAUACAGCAGGGGACACAUUAUAAAGUGAUUGUUUUUCAUUUAGCCUGUAUAUGUUCUGCAGAAUCUGCAUUAAACUGUAUUUUCCAAAGUACUGAACGGAUCUGGGUGAAUUUUGGAUAUGUGGUUCACCCAGAUCCCCCGGUUCCAAGGAUAUACUUUAUGGGGUUAUUGCAUGUUUUGGGGUCCCUGUGUGUUUUAUGAAACUGUAUAAUUUCUGGCCAGCAGAUAAUUGAGCUUUGUGUAUUGUAGAAACUCAAUUAUCUAGCCUGGCCCAGAGGAGGAGUUUUGUGUUGCAUAAAUUGUGAGUUCUGUGUGCCAGUAAGUCAGUCUUGUUCCAGCAUUAAGCCUUGGCUCAUGUUUGGGGGAAGGGAUACCUACACUCUGGGGAUUGCUAUAAUCACUAUACUCCCCAGGGUAUGAUCACUAAGUUCUGCUAAGAGCUUGUACCUGUUCCUGCUCUCUGGGGAAAGAGAGGUUCACCCACUGGAAGCUGGAUCCUGGCCCUGGGUCCAGGGUGGGUGGAGACAGCAGAGACCCCGGCGCAGUUGCAUUGCUGGAAGUGGGGUCAGCAGUGCUGAUGGUGUCGGUUGGAGUCCUCAGCGAGCACUAGGAGCAUCGAUUGGCGGAGGUACUCAGUCGGAAUGCCAGCGUUCCGUCACAGUGUAUUUCCGUAUAGAGUGUGUGUGUGUGCAGAUAGAGGUGUCUUUUGUAUGUACUGUUGCCAUUGGAACAUAGUCGUGUAGUGUUUGCAAUUGAUUUCCAUGUUUGUGUUUCUAUGUAAUGUGUGCUUUUGUGUGUAGAGUUGGUGUUUGUAUAUAAUUUUAGCAUUUUAAUACAGGGGGUGUGUUUGUAUUUAAUGAUUGCAUUUGCGUGCAGGGGUGUUUGGAUGUAGUGUAUUUUAAAUGCCAGAUGGGCGCAACAGCUGAUCGGCAGACGGCCAGGGUAAGUACAGGGAGUUAACACCAGGAGCCAAAAUACUCUCACGUUUUGGGGGUGCGGUUACAACAAACAUGCCUUAAACAUAUAAAAGCACGUUUAGACCGAUACACCCUGCCCUGCUGUGGUUCCUAGUGUCCCUAUAGAGCGUACUGUUGUCUGUAUUUUUUUUUUUUUGUCUAUUCUGGUAUUGACCUGGCUUUGUUCUGAUUGCUCUGUUUCUCGUGUUUCCUUGACUCAACUCUGGCUCUUGUUCCUGUUCCUUGUUUUCUGGGUUCCUUUGACCUUGGCUUGUUCUGACGUUCCAAUUAUCCUUUUAUUUUACUUUCAAUCUGGCCAUGCUAAGGACCAUCAUAGUUUCCUUUAACUGUCUAUAUUAUUUCAGGUGGAUUUAUAUUCUGUGUAUUAGGUAUAAUGUUACAAACACACACACACACUUAGAUUUGCAGCCACCCUCCUACCUUUUAUCUGCAGGAGGGUGACUUUUUUAUUUUGGGUUGCCGCUGGCUGAGGCUGAUGUGGGUCUGCAGGAGCUCACUGCCCAGUGUUGCCUCCUCCCGCCCACAUGUGCUGUUCAGUUCCUUCACAAAACUGACCUGGGUUGUUUAUAAACUGAAACCAGCUUCCGCUAUACAUGAAUUAACGGAAUAUGAUCAGACCGCAUAAAAGAAUGAGAGACUCCAGAACUGGUGGCACCUCUUUCUAGCAAGAAAGCAGUAGUUUGUCUGUAGCCACAGGCAGAUUCUGUCAUUUGUACAGAAAUUAUGCGUUCCUUUUUUUGUUUUGUGUUAUGCAUUAAGUUUAUUUGUUUUUCUGUAAAUGCUUCUUUAACUGCUUGUCUGCAACGUAUCAAUAUUUAUUUAUAAAAUAUUUUACCAGGAAGGAUACAUUGAGAUUCUCUCGGUUUCAAGUAUAUCAUGGGCCCACAAACACUGCAUUGUUACAGUAAGGUAUAAUAUUACAAAAUAAUACUAUAUUUAUAAUUUAACACAUAAUAGGUAAUAAAUCUAGUCAGCUAUGACCGGUGCAUUCUGUAUUGAGGUAUGUGGCCAUAGAUCUCUUAAAAGAUUUUAGAUUGAAUGAAGAGUUGACUGUGUCCGUAAGGUUGUUCCAUAAUUGCAGUGCUCUGUAGGAAAUGAGCAUGGAGCCACUUUAUUUUUGUAUUGCGGUAUGCUAAAUAAAGUGCUGGUACUUGAUCAAAGGUUAUAGGAAGGGGGAACAGCUGGGGGGAGCAUUCUACUCAGGUAGGGUGGGAGCUUCCCAGAAAUGCUCUUAUGCACAAAGCUGGAAAGAUGAAGAGUGCGUUGGAAUUCCAGCAAUAACCAGUUUAGCUCUUAACAUGUCACAAUGGUGGGUCAAGUAAUUACAUUCUGGUACAAAUUAUACAAUGUAUUAACUCCUUAAGGACACAUGAUGGAAAUAUUCUGUCAUGAUUUCCUUUUAUUUCAGUAGUUGUGUCCUUAAGGGGUUAAGUUUAUGAUGGUGGGUUUGCAGGGCAGGUGCAUACAUUGCAUCCCCAUAAUCAAUGACCGGCAUUAGCAUUUGUUGCACUAUCUGUUUCCUUAUUGUAGGGCUUAGGAAGGAUUCGUUUCUGUACAGGGCACCUAGUUUUGGAUAACGUUUUGAAGAUUUUUUUUCAAUGUGAAGGCUAAAGGAUAGAUUAAGGCCUAGCAACAUACCUAGAUAUUUGGAAGAACAGACUGCAGUUAGUGUGCUAUUUGAAUUUGUUCUUAUACAUAGUUGUUGGUUUUUGUAGUUUAUGUAUUUUAUAUACUGUUCCAAAGAUCAUUGUGAUUGGUUUGUUUAGUUUGCAUUCUAAUAUUCCAAAUUACAGUGAGGGAAAUAAGUAUUUGAUCCCCUGCUCAUUUUGAACAUUUGCCCACUGACAAAUGAUCAGUCUAUAAUUUUAAUGGUAGGUGUAUUUUAACAGUGAGAGACAGAAUAACCCCCAAAAUAUCCAGAAAAAUGCAUGUCAAAAAAGUUAUAAAUUGAUUUGCAUGUCAAUUAGUGAAAUAAGUAUUUAACCCCUUCGACUUAAUACUUGAUGACAAAUCCCUUGUUGGCAAUCACAGAGGUCAGACAUUUCUUGUAGUUGGCCACCAGGUUUGCACACAUCUCAGGAGGGAUUUUGUCCCACUCCUCUUUGCAAAACCUCUCCAAGUCAUUAAGAUUUUGAGGCUGACGUUUGGCAACUCGAAUCUUCAGCUCCAUCCACAGAUUUUCUAUUGGAUUAAGGUGUGGAGACUGGCUAGGCCACUCGUUUGUUGCCUUGGCUGGGUUUUGGGUCAUUGUCAUGCUGGAACAACCCAUUUUCAAUGCUCUAGCUGAGGGAAGGAGGUUCUCACCCAAGAUUUGAUGGUACAUGGCCCCGUCCAUCGUCCCUUUGAUGCGGUGCAGUUGUCCUGUCCCCUUAGCAGAAAAACACCACUAAUCUCAGCUCGUUACCUGUGUAAAAGACACGUGGGAGCCAGAAAUCUUGCUGAUCAAAUACUUAUUUCAUUCAUUGACAUGCAAAUCAAUUUAUAACUUUGACUUUUUUUUUUUUUCUGGAUUUUUUUUUUUUUUGUAAUUCUGUCUCUCACUGUUAAACCUACCAUUAAAAUUAUAGACUGAUCAUCUUUGUCAGUGGGCAAAUGUUAAAAAUCAGCAGGGGAUCAAAUACUCUUUUUCCCUCACUGUAUCUUUAACAGUAACACGCAUGCAUAUAAUCCUCGAUAUUGCAGCUUUUGAGGCAAUGCGGAUAUCUGAUAAAAUGACCGGACUAAAUGUAGCAUGUUCCUCAAUAUGUGGAAUAUGAGUAGAUGUUAGUUUAGUGAUAUCUUGAUCUAGGAAAGCCUAUGUUAUAUUUAAAUCAAUAUACCCCUGAAGUGUGCCUUUUUUUUCCCCCCCUUAGAUUUAAAUAGUAUAGGCUGAGAAUGAAUGAAUGAAUGGAGUUUGGAUCAACAUUUAAGUUGAUUUGUGAUAUGGUCCCAGAUUAUAGGUCAGCUGACUUCUUUCAGCAAAUGAAUGGCAAAGUGCGCAAAAAAAAAAACACAUGAGCUGGCUGGUGUUGCUGCUGGCAGCCAAUUGAUUAAACUCAGGGCAAAAUAUUUUAUUUUUAUACAUACACCCAAUAGAGAAUUGUACACUGACAAAGCCUGUAAUUAAAUACUCCCUUGAAUCAAAAUUAGAGGUUUGGGAGAGGCUGGAAGAGUGACUUGCAGAUCAUCCUUUCAUUGUGUUUUUGUUUUUUAAUGUAUGGUGCUGUGACUACAAUGCUUGUAUGUUUCCAUUUUGUUCCAGCAAAAUACACAAGUAUCAAAAUUAAACCGGUGCUGUGUUGAGGUCUAGCUAAACACUAGUAAACCUUCUACUCACUCCUUCCUGUACAUUAAAUGAAUGCUUCAAACACAUUAUGGCACCCCAUUAUAAGUAGUCAAUCUUUAGUACGGUUUCACUUCCUGCUCCCUACCUGCUAACAACGAACAUCUGGAAGCUCCUAAGUUGGUGUCAGUUGACGCUCUCUGCCAUGAAUUAGGGUCUGCACCGCUGGACUUGGCUCAGAGACCUUAUGGCUCUCUGUUGGAAGUAGUGCAUGCAGGGAGUGGAACCCUUUUUUAUUUUUAUUUUUCUUCGAGAUCUUAUUUUUGCAUAGGCAUGAAAUUCUUUAAAAAGUCCAUCAUAUGGAGGGGGGCCUGACCGCUGAGCCGAGAGGACGCUAACUUGUGCAGCGCUUGCUCCACAGUGCGAAUUAAGUGGAUUUCAGCCACAAAAACAGGACCUAACCUACUCAAAAAGGCCACCAGGCGAGAGGUGACAGAGGUGCACACAAUGGUACCAAACAAGUGACAUUUUAAGCAACACUCACUCUUGCGAGGCCUACACGCGUGGUCAGCAUGUGGGAGACUGCCAAUCCCCUGCUGACAUCCAUGGCUGGAAGAAGGUUACGAGACCCACGUUUCUUCCCUCCCCGGUGGGGGUCAUCCUGGUCCAAACUAUGGAGACCUCGUCACAACCUGUCGAGAGCGCUGCUCUCAAAAUGGCGACGGCAGCAUGCUCCUUAAGCCCUGAAUGCGAGAAGUCCAAGGUGGAGCUCCGGCUGGACAAAGCAUUUCAAACUUUUUGGGAGAAACUGGAAGCACUUCUGCACCCAAUAGUCUAUGAGAACAAGCCUGGUACCAUACCACGUAAUCCCUUUCACAUAGCCGAACGGAAGACCGCAACAACGCCUCUGGCACCGGCCCGCCUGGGAAGAUAUAGCCGACGGGAGACCAUCACAAGCCAGGCGACUAGGUAUAUUUCAAGAGGUAGCAGGUGCAGGACGGCAGUCCCCUGGAUCCUGCAAGUACCCUCUCCCUCCAACCUGGCAACGAGUGUCCAUCUUCAAGUGGACUGACUAACCCGAGCUGCUGCCCAUCUGUGCAGGUCUGUACUCUGCCCACACAAGGUGUAGGCUGACCAGCAACAUAGGAGAGCGUCUUGCACUGCCUGAAUAUGCCACAAGCGUGUAUAUUACGCUUUGCACAACAAAAAAUAGAGCAUUAAAUAAAAAGGCCAUCAUAUAAAUGGUUCUUUCCUAUCGGAAAACCUGAGUUUCCUUUAACCUUUCAGAAGAGUAUUAUCACAGUCAUACUCAACAAUGUGCACAAAUGGUUAAUAAUAGAAAGCUGUAGAUGUAGUAGUUGCAUUAAUGAGGCAGUCUUGGGAUUUGGGGCUUAGAUAUUGCUUUUAAACAUUUGACACCAACAUCAUCAAAAAGGGAGAAUGUAUUAUGCAUGUGUGGUGUUCAGUGGAAAACUGUGCAUAUCUCAUCAGGAGCCAUAAUUACUCUCGUGACUCAAAACAAUGAGCAUCAAAGAGUUUCCUGGAAGCUGAAAUUGUUUGUAACAGUUUCAUCAUUGAUCGCCUAAUGCUCAUAUUACAGUAUGCUUUAUGCAUUUGUUUGGCAGCAAAAUGUCCUGUGCUAUUAUAGAAUGAGUAAGAGAAUGGGAAAAAAAAUAAAAUUUGAAGGAACAUUCUAAGCACCAUAAACACAUUAAUUUGAUUGAUUAUGGCGCUAGGUUGCUACCCUUAAAAUACAUCUGUCAAAUUUUUGCUGGUUUUUAUCUUUGGCACCAGAGCUGAAAGUACCUUUGCACUGACUUCAAGUGGUGAUGUAGUGAGCCAACCAAUAUUUCUACAGUACGAGCACACAAAGCCUGUUCUUACAUUCAAAUUAGUUCUUGACUUCUAGCACUGUUCCUAAAAAAAGGAGACUGAGUUAAAGGGACACUAUAGCCACUGUUACUGCUUCAUCCCAUUGAGAUAAAUGUAGAGUCUGGCAUCCUUUUGGCAUCGUCCUCCCAGUCAGUUUUAAGGUGUCUUUAAUGCUAAAUGGGUCUCCAAGAUCCCUAUCCCUUCUUUGCUAUUUGGCUUAAUGGGGAAGCAUUAGCCUGAGCAGGAAUGGGUGGCUGUGAUUGGCUGAGAGUGUCAGCCGACUGCUUUUGGCCUAUCACAGCACCCAUUGCUGGUAGGAUUUGGUAUGGCUAGAAGGAAGUGUGAAAUCUCUUCCUUAGCCACACCUCCAGUAGUGGCAGGGUUGUGGGUUUAGUGUUAAAGGACCACUCUAGGCACCCAGACCACUUCAGCUUAAUGAAGUGGUCUGGGUGCCAGGUCCUUCUAGGGUUAACCCAUUUUUUUUAUAAACAUAGCAGUUUCUCUGAAACUGCUAUGUUUAUGAAUGGGUUAAGCCUCCCCCCUAAUCCUCUAGUGGCUGUCUCAUUGACAGCCACUAGAGGCGCUUGCGUGCUUCUCACUGUGAUUUUCACAGUGAGAGCAUGCAAGCGUCCAUAGGAAAGCAUUGUAAAUGCUUUCCUAUGCGACGGGCUGAAUGCGCGCGCAGCUCUUGCCGCGCGUGCGCAUUCAGCCCAGGAGGAGAGCUCCCCGCCCAGCGCUGGAAAAAGGUAAGUUUAAUCCCCUUUCCAGAGCCGGGUGGGAGGGGGACCCUGAGGGUGGGGGCACCCUCAGGGCACUAUAGUGCCAGGAAAACGAGUAUGUUUUCCUGGCACUAUAGUGGUCCUUUAAGCUGCUUGAAAAUGAUUUAACACUGGGUGGGGGGACAAUGCCAGAGGACUCCAUGCACUAUAACAAAUUAAUUGAGAUGAAAUGGUUAUAGUGCCUACAGUGUCCUUUUACAUAGUGUGUGGUUACAAAAAUUAAUGGUAAAGUCAAGGCAGAGCAGCUAUAAAUUAAAGGGAAACUAUAGUCAUGCAGUAUCCCAGUCCCACUUAGUCCUGCAAUAUACCGUAUUUUUCGCUUCAUAAGACGCACUUUUUUCCCCCUCAAAGCGAGGGGAAAUGUCUGUGCGUCUUAUGGAGCAAAUGUGAAGCUUUACUUACCUGUAUUGUGGCGUGGGCCAGCAGCACGGCGUGCUCCGCGGUACAGGAACUUCAGUUUCAGGUUCCUGUUUCCGGUGUGACUGAAAGGAAGUGCACACUCCAUGUGCACACUUCCUUUCAGUCCCGCCGGAAACCGGAACCUGAAAUUGAAGUUCCUGUACCGCAGUGCGAGCUGUUAAGCUGGCCCACGCUACAAUACAGGUAAGUAAUUAUGGGACACUAUGGGACAAGGAGAGGGGGGGACACUAUGGGAUGAGAACACUAUUGGACAAGGGAGGAGGGGUUAAAGAACACUAUGGGACAGGGGAGGAGGGGUUAACAAUCAUUAUGGGACAGGAGAGGGGAGUGGGUGGUAAGGAACACUAUGGGACAGGGGAGGAAAGAAAAAAAUAUUCUGAACAAACUGUCCCAUAGUAAGAAACACUAUGGAACAGUUCAGAAUAUUUUUUUUUUUCUGGGUGUCCUCCUCUAAAAACUAGGUGUGUCUUAUGGAGCGAAAAAUACGGUAAAUCAUUGCAGUUUUUACAUUUCAGGACUAAGACUUCCAAUCAGAGAGCCAUUAGAGGCACUUCCUGAAUCUUAAUGGACUUUUGGUAGCCUAACUGACGCUGGAAGUCCUUACUCUUUGCAUGAGGACAUUCAGCGCCCGUAAAAUCCCCAUAAGAAUGCAUUGAAGCAAUGCUUGCCUAUGGGGAGGGCCCAUGCGCAUCAGCCCCCUUCCCCCAUAGGGUCACAACGGAGGAGGCGGACCUCCAAGGGAUUUUGGUGUUGGAAGCAGGUAAGUGACUAAAAGGUUGUUUUUUUUUCCCCUUAUAUUUUUAAACCUUUUAGCUGCCGUGUGAGGGGGACGACGACCAGAUGGCUCUAUAUGGUUAAUAAUACAUUAUAACACUAUAACAAUAUAAAAUGUAAAAUGGCGUUGGUAUACUGGGUUUUCUUAAUUUCCUGAACAUUAUCUCCUAUUAACCAUUACAUAUGCAACUUUUGUUUUGCAGGUGAUAUAAUAAGUCUUGGUGACAGACAGCUCACUGUAUUGCAUAUGCCUGGCCAUUCCCGUGGUAGUAUAUGCCUGCAUGACAGAGAUCGGAAGAUUCUCUUUAGUGGAGAUGUGGCAUAUGAUGGAUCCAUGAUCGACUGGCUACCAUACAGUAGCAUCCCUGACUAUGUCCGCUCUUGUGAGCAUCUCAAAGAAUUGGUGGGCCGAGGUCUUGUGGAGAAGGUCCUUCCAGGGCAUUUCAAUACAUUUGGUAGUGAACGGCUUCACCAUUUGGCCUCCAACUAUAUAUCGAAUGCUGGAGUUUGUCACAAAGUUUCAACUUGUGCUGUCAGGUCUUUUGCUGGAUUAGCUCUUCGGGUAAGCAACUCUAGGAGAACAACUGAGUUGUAAUGACAUGAACUUAAAAGGAGAAGGAUUUGCUAUGCAAAAGGCUGAAUUAAACCAAAUCUAAUACACACCCUAAUGUGAUGUGUUUAUGGGGGAAGGAACCUGAGAAAAGGCUGGGUCAGCUUUUGUAAUAGGUUUCAGACAAACUUAAGGGGUGGUGCCUGAUAAGUGUAAUAUUUCUGCUGGCAGCUGAUAUUUUGGGACAUUCUAUAGAGAUUCUCAAUAGAUGCCCAAUCUCUGGAUAUCUUAGAAUCUGAAUGGCUCCCAGUUCCGUAUUGUUGGAUUUUAAAAAGCAUAUACAGGGAAACCGUAAAAAUAAGUGCUUGUGUAGACUGCAGUAUGCAGACUGUUCAAUCGGCAGUGAGCCCAGUAUUUACAAUCUAAAGGUUCAAUGCUGAAAGUAUAUUGGGUGGCUUUUGCCUACUUGUACCUCGCAUUAAGGCUGAUCGCAUCUUUCUAUAUUCAGUUGCAUAUAUUGACUUUGCUCUGGUAGUGGAAAAUAUUGUUGAACAAUUGAAACAAAAUAGAUUCAUAACUCUGAAUAUAUAUAUUUUAACACAUCAGCCUGAAAGACUUAGAACUGCAAUGUUUUACAUUGCAGCACUAAAUGCAAAAGGGACACAGACCACUUUAAUUAGCUGAAGUGGUCUGGCUGCCUACAGUGUCCGUUUAAUGGUUUAAUGGAGAUGUACACAACAUAUGCAGUGUCAAAGCCUGCUUACCCCUGGCUUAUAACGAUGACUGACAAGAAGCAAAGAUGGAGGCACCAAGAUUCAGGUUACAUUUAAGUUGAUUUCUGAACCUAAUUUUGUCACACCUCACAAUUACAUUGGGGAUAAGAAAACAUACUUUUAAAAGUAAAAAUUCCCAUUUAAGGUCAAAUGUUCCCAUUGUGCAGGAGCUCUAAAAUGUGUUUUCUCACCCACAAUAUAAUGUAAACUAUUGCUAAAUAUAUUUGUAGAUAAACAUGGAAAAAUUGAGUAUUUAACAUGAAUCAAACAGCGUAAUAUAUUUGUGUAGAAACUUAUCUGCUGCUCCCUUAAAAAGUAUGUUUCUUAAACAAAGCUUGUAGUUGUUUUGUUUUUAUUUUCUAUGAAUAAUAUUUAUCCAUGUUUAGUUGUAAUUGAUUUUGCUUAUUUUGUGUGGUUAUUCUUUGUAUCAAAGAAAUAUUUAUGUAAUUUGCAUAUGGUUUGGAGUUUAAAGGAACACUCUCUAUACACAGUCUGCUGUAGUUAUGAUGUUGCCGUCUCAUGGUUAGAUCUCAAACUUCUCUCUUACUGGAGAAGACCGAAUGUGCCUUAGGCACCCAGUAGGAACUGUGCUGAUACGGUUUGACAUGUUAUCUUGGGACAGAACCAGAGCACUCCCGGGCCUGGCACCAUAAUCACUAUAGUGGGUGGUAGUUAUGAUGCUUGGCGUGUGCUUUUCAAUUAAACUAUUUUUAGCAGUGCAAACACACUAGGCGCUAUAACUACUACAUCUCAUUGUUCCUUUAAGCCACUCCUGCCUUGGAGUGACUGACAUUAGUUUUGUCAAGUAUAAUGGCUAUUGGCUCUAUAUAUUUCUCUACUAUAGCUUAUCAUAAAAUGUGACAACACUACUUAUAGUUUUGUUUGACAUUCCAAAUGAUGUUUGGUGCAAGAUAUUCAUCAUGAAGUAUUUACUUCAAUUGGAACCUAUUCCAACAACUAAACUUUGAUUUUUAUCUUCGCCCAUGUAGAGGUCAUGUGCAUUUCAAUAACGAUAACAAAUGUGCAUCUACAACUUCAGAGUCCAUAUCUGUGGGUGGAAAUUACAUUGUUUGACGCAUAUACUUAAAAUGGCCACAACAUGUGUCCAAAUCCUGUGUGUGUAUUACACUGGGAUCCCUUCCUGUGCUUUUAUUUUAAUCAUAUUUUUAGAGUAUAGCUUCUCCUGCCUAAUUCCAUUCUGUCAUCUUUGCUUACCUUUUAUAACAGGAGACAGUAUCCUAAUCUGCAGCAUGCAUGUUCCAGAUCUGUAGAUAAAUGCAAAUCUUGUCCAAAGUAUAUAUAUUGUGCCAUUGUCCAGCUCUCCGCAUAAGGUAUAGCUGCAGUUGCCAUCUUUGGUUGUAAUGGAAAACGGGCUGGAAUAGAAUUGAUAAAAUAACAUUCAAUUUGACUCCAGACUACUUCUCCAGGUCUUGCUCUCAGCCAAUAACAUGCUUUCAAACAAACAAAAAAAUCUUUAAGAAAUAAUGGUAUGAUUUGUGUUCAAUGCUUAUGAGAUGUCUGCUUUUAUUGCUUUUAUUGCAGAUUUAAAAGCUGUAACAAUUACAAAGUCAGUUGUGACAGCUUACUUUGCAAUUACCUUGCCUUUAGUGAAUAACUGGUUAGCUUUUCUUUUCCUGAAGGAAGCUAUAUGCAGGAAAAGAAGUGAAACAAAUGACUACAAAUAUGUCUAACAAAAUGAUCACCAAACAUUUUGUGUAAAAGAAUGUAAAUGGAAAAGGUCUGAUUCUGUGGGAAAUUUGACAGUCCUUAAUUUUAAAACGCUGAAUUAACAGACAUAUAAGGGAAACAAAUGACAUAGUGGCACUUUAAUAGACUAUGUAAUUUCAUCUGUAUAUUGUGCUUGUCAAAUUGCUAGUAACUGCAUAGAUUUAAUUUAUGCUCAGUUUAUUUGUGAUAUUGUAUAACAUACCUCUAUACCUGCAGCAUUGAGUUCAAGAACUAAAAUUAUGGUGUGCGUUCAGCUGCUCUAAAUGGUUUACACAGAAACCCCCCAUUUCAUUUUGUGGGUUAUACUUCCAUUAUAACGUUUGAUUCCAUUAGCUGUGAUAAUGUUUCCAGGGAUACACAAUAUUUAAAGCAUUCCAGCAGCACAUUCUGAACAAACAAUGUUUAGUUCUAAAUAUUUGUUUCUCAAGGUAUUUUGAUGCAAAACUAGUUAAAUGUUUCACAGGUAACAACAUAAUGUGCAGUGCAUCCCUGUGCGAUAUUUCCACAGCACUAUCAAAUUUACUUUACAAUUAUUUGUUAUUUAAAUCAACACUCAAAACAUCAUAGCUACUACAGUACGCUUUAGUAGUUUUGGUACUCUGAGUGUUCCUUUUAAGCGAUUUCUGUUAUAUCAGUUUACUCAUAAAUGCGGGAUAGAGUUGUAUGACUUUUGGAAAACUUUAUAUUCAUUGAAAUAAAUAUAUAUUCUUAAUAAUACAAAAUAUGUUGCACUUUGUUGUACUGUAAAUGUUAUGCUUGCAGCUGAUUCUUUUAAAUGAGUUAAGAAUGUAUUUUAUACAGAUGUAAGAAUCAGAGUUGCAUUAUGUGAUGUGCACUAAUGUUUCAAAGUAUAUUUGUAACGCAUUCGUGUUUUGCUAAAAUACACAUGC